AUGAAAUAUAUUGAAAAUGCAAUAAAAGAAUUAGCAGAAACACAUGUAGCUAAUUUGCAACCAAAUCAUGAAUUAGGUAAGAAUGAAAAGCAAAUUAUACUAGUAUUUUAUACCAAAUACUAA